CUGCUCCGCGUGGGCCGGAACGCGCUCUAUGAGCACCACUUGGCGGGUGAGCUGGAGCUGGAGGUGACCCCGGGCCCUUUGGCUGAGCGCAUCCAUGCAGGCGGGGCUGGGGUGCCGCCUUACACGCCCAGGGCCAGCGGGACUCUGGUUCAGGAAGGAGGCGCCCCAUCAGGUACGACCAGGAGGCAGUGGCCGUCAGGAGUCAGCCCAGCGAGGGGAGGCGCGUCACGGGAGCUCUGUCCUUGGAGCGGCCAUCACCCGGAUGUUGCUUCGGUGAAAGGGGGGAAGGCUGUCUCCAGGGGGAGCGCCAGGAAGUUCAACCUGCCCACGUGCAGAGCUGCCGGAACCCCCGUGGUGGAGGUUGAGGAAAUGGUGGGUGUGGGGUCAUUUGCCCCAGAAGACAUUCAUGUAGGUCACAUGGUACAGGGGGAAACUGAGAAAAGAGUUGAGUGGUUAACAAUCCGGAAAGAGAAAGAUGGAAAAGCUAAGUCUUCGGAUGAUGUAACAGCUCAAAUCAUCAAGCGGGACGAUCUGGGAUUUGAGGAUGGCAUGUAUGCCAGCGUGGGCAUAGGAACCCUUCUGGCCAGCAACUACAUCUGUCCCAAUGUAGCUGUUCACCUUCACAGCGAAGAUGGAGUCCCAGGCGCGGCUCCAUGUCCCUGGGAGGAGGUGGAUGCAGAUCUCAUCAGUGCUGGCAAGCAAACCGCCAUCAUCCUUCCCAGGAGCUGUUUUCUCUCCAGCGAUGACUCAUCUGCUAAUCGAGGGGGACACAUCCACCUAACUGUGCUAGCCACGCAGGUUUCCAAGUAUGGUGACCGGCUACCCGGAUGACCCCGGAAAGAAGGUGCAGGGAAUGGGGGUGCGGUGGACUUGGUGUCCAGGAUCAAUGAAGUAGUGCUCUCCAUGGAGCACUGCCCAAGGCCAACAAACCCCAAAUCUUGGAGAAGUUCUCGAUACCCCGCCUGGGAAGGGUGCGUGGACGCAGUCCUCAUGGAAAAGGCCGGGUGA